GUGCGCUGACGGCGGCGGAUUUCCCGUCGUACCUUGUUGUGUCAAUUUGGGAAGACUACGGUCGCUGUUUGGUGUCACCGGGGGAGAGCGGAGAUGACAGCGGCUCCGUGUUUGAUUCUGCCCACCUGCUCAAAUAACAUCAGCAAUAAUUAAGCUGUGCAACCAUGUCAUCUCAUAUGUGAGCUGUAGAGGUUACCUGUGGUACUGCUGACAUUUCACAACCAAAAAUGGCUAAUACAAGUGGCGGUGGUGGUGGCGGCGGCAGUUGUAAGCCAAGCUCAAACAGUUGGUGCAAAUCUCAAGAAAAACUCCCUGUGCAUGUAGAGGAUGCCUUAUCGUAUCUGGAUCAGGUAAAAAUUCGUUUUGGCAGUGAUCCAGCUACAUACAAUGGUUUUCUAGAGAUAAUGAAGGAGUUUAAAUCUCAGAGCAUUGACACUCCAGGGGUCAUCCGCCGCGUUUCCCAGUUAUUCCAUGACCAUCCAGAUUUAAUGUUGGGUUUUAAUGCUUUUUUACCACUUGGCUAUAAAAUUGAGCUUCCAAAAAAUGGUAAAGUGGUGGUUCAGACAUCGCUGGCCAGUCCGGUUCCUUCUGAUGCAGCCACAAGCAUUUUGCCAAAUACACGUGUAGUAGUUCCACCUGUGCCUGAAAAUUCACACAGUGAGGUGGCAGAAGAGCCACGGCUGCCGGAAAAAGAAAAGACAUCGGCUCCUCCAGAGUCUGACUCGUUAGAGUUUCAUAAUGCUAUCAGCUAUGUCAAUAAAAUUAAAACUCGAUUCCUUGACCGACCUGAGAUCUACAGAUCUUUCUUGGAAAUCCUUCAUACGUAUCAGAAGGAUCAGCUAAAUCCAAAAGGGCGCCCAUUUCGUGGAAUGUCAGAAGAGGAGGUGUUCACAGAAGUGGCUAGCUUAUUUCGUGGACAGGAAGAUUUACUUUCUGAAUUUGGCCAGUUCCUUCCUGAAGCAAAGAGAUCGCUGUUCACUGGAAAUGGCACAUGUGAUCUUAGUGCAAGGAAGCUUGAAUACCAGAGAAACCUAGAACAAAGCCGAAAACGAUCCAGAUCUCUUUUGUUACGCCCCAUGUCUUGUCCAUCUAAGAAAAAGAUGAAGAUGAGAAAGUCCAAGGACCAAUCGGUGGCAAGUGUUGGCAAAUAUGGGACGCUACAGGAGUUCUCUUUCUUCAAUAAGGUGCGCCGAGUACUAAAAAGCCAGGAAGUCUAUGAGAAUUUUUUGCGAUGCAUUGCACUUUUUAACCAAGAGCUGGUAUCUGGUUCGGAGCUGCUGCAGCUGGUUACACCUUUCUUGGGGAAGUUCCCUGAGCUCUUUGCUCAGUUUAAAUCUUUUUUGGGUGUUAAAGAGCUUUCUUUUGCCCCACCGGUAACCAGUGACCGUUCGAAUGAAGGAAUAGGGAGGGAAAUUGAUUAUGCCUCUUGUAAACGCAUUGGUUCUAGCUACAGAGCGCUUCCUAAGACUUAUCAGCAGCCGAAAUGCAGUGGAAGGACUGCUGUCUGCAAAGAGGUGUUAAAUGACACUUGGGUGUCCUUUCCUGCAUGGUCAGAGGACUCUACUUUUGUCAGUUCUAAGAAGACCCCAUAUGAAGAGCAGCUUCACCGCUGUGAGGAUGAGAGGUUUGAGCUCGAUGUUGUAUUAGAAACCAAUUUGGCAACAAUUCGUGUCCUGGAGAGUGUUCAAAAGAAAUUUUCUCGCAUGUCUGCAGAAGAUCAGGAAAAGUUUCGGCUAGAUGACUGCCUGGGUGGAACAUCUGAAGUCAUCCAGCGUCGGGCCAUCUACCGAAUAUAUGGGGACAAAGCUCCAGAUAUCAUAGAAAGCCUCAAGAAAAAUCCUGUCACUGCAGUACCUGUUGUGUUAAAGAGAUUAAAAGCAAAAGAAGAGGAGUGGAGAGAAGCUCAGCAAGGAUUUAAUAAGACUUGGCGAGAACAGUAUGAGAGAGCAUACCUAAAAUCUCUUGAUCACCAGGCUGUUAACUUUAAGCAGAAUGACACCAAGGCUCUUCGAUCAAAGAGUCUGCUAAACGAAAUUGAGAGUGUCUAUGAUGAGCACCAGGAACAACAUCCUGACGGAAGGCCAAACGCAUCCAGUGGGCCACAUCUCAUUUAUACCUAUGAGGACUGGCAGAUUCUGGAAGAUGCUGCAUCUCUGAUUAGCUACUACGUAAAAAGACAACCUGCAAUUCAGAAGGAAGAUAAAGACACUAUCCGACAAAUCUUGCAUCAGUUUAUCCCUGAACUUUUUUUCUCCUCUUCCUCUUCUACUUUUCAAUCCUUACUUGGCUCCAACACUGAGGAUACUCCUACAGAGACAGUCCCUGACCCUUCUGUAACAGAACUUCCUGAGCGCCGCAGAAAAUCAGCAAAUGCUGGAGUGCCUCAGGAACCCACUACCCCAACACGCUCUCCCCCAGAACCACCUCCUAAGACAACAGAGGAAAUGUACAGCUUGGUUUUUGCUAAUAAUAACUGGUAUUUCUUUCUUCGGCUUCACCACACACUGUGCUCUCGCCUCCUGAGGAUCUAUCGGCAGGCACAGAUCCAAUUGCACGAGUAUAGGACAGAAAAAGAGCGUGAAAAACUGCUGUGUGAUGGCAGGAAAGAAAAAUCUAAUGGACCUGCCAUGGAGCUUCGACUCAAGCAACCCAGUGAGGUUGAAUUAGAAGAAUACUACCCUGCAUUCCUGGACAUGGUGAGAAACCUUCUUGUUGGAAAUCUGGACCCUACCCAUUAUGAAGACACACUGCGGGAGAUGUUUACUAUACAUGCUUAUAUUGGCUUCACAAUGGACAAGCUGAUUCAGAACAUCACACGACAGCUCCAUCAUUUGGUAAGUGACGAAAUCUGCUUGAAGGUGGUGGAACUGUACCUGAGUGAGAAAAAGAAAGGAGCAGCAGGGGGCAGUCUAAUCACCCAGUGCGUCAGGACGGCAAAAGAAACAAGUUAUCAGUGGAAAGCAGAGCAUUGCAUGGCGGAUGAGAAUUGUUUCAAGAUGAUGUUCCUGCAGAGACAGGGCCAAGUAAUAAUGACGAUUGAGCUGCUUGACACAGAAGAUGUUCAGACAGAAGACCCCACUGAGGUGCAGCAUCUUUCCAAUUAUGUGGAGCAAUAUAUUAAUGUACAAGGAGAACAGAAUGCCCAGAAUGAAGGAUUUUUAUUGAAGCCAGUAUUUUUACAAAGAAAUAUCAGAAAUUUUCACAGAUGGCAGUGCAGGACAAUGCGAAUGAUGAAAGAUGAAGUUAAGAGCUCAUGGAAACGAUUAAUGGGAGUGGAAAGUGCUAGCAAUAUGGAUUGCCGCUUCAGGCUCAACAGCCACAAGAUGAUGUUCAUCAUCAACUCUGAAGAUUACAUGUACCGCUGGGGGACACUGACAAGAGCCAAAGAGUUCCAGCCUAUGGUCUUCCAGAAGCACCAUGAGAGAUUUGCUGCCUGGCACAACAAUUGGCUGCAGGAGAAUGUCAGUUCCAGAGCAGCUGACCUGGUGCAAGACUGGUUGACUGGUGAAGAAGAUGAAGAAAUGGUUCCCUGCAAGACUGUAUGUGAGAUCUCCGAGAUCCAUGGCAUGACAGUUACAAGAUAUCGAGUGCAGUACACACGCAGAGCGUCCUCCCCUUGACACCUGUUCACAGUUCCUCUGUAUGCAUUUGCUGCUUGACAACUUUUUUUUACGGGGCUUUUUUCCUGCUGCUGUUCUUAAAAAGAUGCCUGACUGACAGUAGGCAGCAGCUUCUACCAGUGCCAUUAUCUCUGUUUGUGCUGUGGACCUUAAUCAACGUUCACCCUGCAGCCCAACAGUACCAAAUAUAAAGUGAAAGACUUUGCACCCUUAACUGUGCACCUCUUUAUUAAGCAUCCAAGCCAGAACUUUACAGUCAGGGUUGAUAUGACGCUAAAGGACGUUUUGUGUACACAGUUACUAAUGAAGUGUUUGAUUACAUUCAUUAAUUAAUAAUGGUAUCUCUUAUAUGAACAGUUAAUCAUGGUGCUGGGAGAAUUGCCAUGCUUAUUUAAAGAAAAGCCGAAAAUUAACUUGAUAUUAAAUAAAUCGUGCAAUCAGUUUACAAAACAAGGAAGAAAAUAUUGAAUAUCCAUUCCAUAAAAAUGGCGAAAUUGAAGUACAUUUUAAAGCUGCCCAUUUUAAAAUCAUUUUUAUUUAACAUUAUUCAUGGUGAACAGAGUCUAUAGUUCUAUGUUAACACAUUACGGUGGACAACAAUUUACUAAAUUGCCACUGAUAAAAUGGAAGGUGAAAGGCUGUUGCCAAUCAAACAGAAAUUUCAGUUUUGCAUGUUUGCUGGCAAGGUGAAUCACAGGCUUUUUAGAUCUUUUGUGAAUGUCAUUGUUGAGAGAUUCUCAGUAGUAGUCUCAUUUCUCCACAUGCACAUGCCUUUAUGAAGACAAAUAAGUGUCCCUGUCCUCCAGCAGAAUCCUCAUAUUGUCAAGUAAGGUGACACGUACAUUUAUUGCCAUGCUAGAGAUAUCUCUCCAUUAUGUCAUUCAGGGAUACAAAAAGCCAGCAAAUGGUUCAGCCCUCUGGUACCUAUCCAAAACUGGAAUGUCGGGUUUGGGCAGUUACCCUUUUUUAGCUGUGGUCGUGAAGAAAAAGCACUUGGAGUAAUCUUUUAUCUGAACUUUUUUUAUUUCAUAUCAGUUUGCACUUAUCUGCCACUGUCCACAUACAGUAUUUCUGAACUAAUAAUUGUAAAAUUAAUGGGCUUUGACAGGGAUUGGUGUUGACUACAAAAUAUUCAAUAAUGCCAUAAGUCUAUUUUGUUUUCUUCUUUUUUUUUUUUUUUUUUGUCUAUACCGACCCAUAUAACAGUGAUAUUAAAUAAAUCAAGUGCUGUAAAAGUA